CAAGAUUUAUUUUGGUUUGAGAAUUAGUCAGCAAUCGUAUAGAGAGGAGGCACGUGAACACGAUUCUUCAUACCAUUUCUUUGGGGUUAAAUUCUUAAGUACUUGCUUAUCGGAGAUCAAGAACUGAAAGAAUGACCCGAGGAAACCAACGUGAAUUAGCACGAGCCAAAAAUAUGAAAAAAACUAUAAAAAAAGCAGCGGCCGAACAAGAAAGCAAUAGAGGUCUGUCUUUGGAACAGCGAAAAGCACGAGACGCAGAACGCAUGAGGGAAAAACAACUUAAGAAACAACAAGAACAGCAAGGAAAAGUAAAAUAAGUUUAAGAUAAAAGUAUACAAUUCUGUGAUGUAUAUAUCAUUUAUGGGAAAACAAUGCCGUAAUAUCAACAUAGGAAAAAAGAGUGAUGCAUUGUGUAAUGUAUAAGCAUGGUACGUAUCCUUGAAAAAAAAAUAAAGUAGGUUCUUUAUUAUUAAGAGUAAUUUGACUUGUUUUAUAUUGCACAAAACAAUCUUUCAUGAAUUAUAAAUUACAGGGAUUUAUUAAAGUUGGUAAAAAAUCAAAUUUGGAUUUGAACUUACUUCCAAGUGGUGUUUGAGUACUAUGAAAUAUGUUUACAUGUAUACACCUACAGAAAAAGGAAAAGUAUAAAUAAUCAAACACAACAGGAAUGUGUAUUAUUCAGAUAUACAAAAAGAUACAUUCAUAUCCAAUUUUUUAUCUAAGAUGCUUCAUUGAACAAUUUCUUGUUUUAUAUUGUACUAAAUAAUGAGUAAUUGUUUGCUCAUAUAAACCUUGAUUAAAAAACCUAUCAUAUUGAUUAUACCUAUACAAGAAUAUCUCAGCAAUACGAUACAGAGAUUACUAUUAGAAUUACAAUUUUUAAUCGAGUUUCCUAAACAUGUUAUUGAUUUAUGAUAAAUGUUGGAUAGUUUAACGAGUAGAGCAUAAUAAUUUAAUUAAUGUGUAGGAAUUUCUAACAGUUGAUGUAGACCUCGUUAAGUUCGAGAAAUGUAAUAUAAAUAUAAAAAUCUCAUUCGUUUACAGAAUCGUAUGUAAAUGCACGUAUGUAUUUAAUCUGUAUAUAUGAAAAUAUUAAAACAGUUUAUUUUAUUGCUUAAAAUAAAAGUGCAGUAAAUAGUAGGUAAAUCACACGUAUCAUAAAUUA